AUUAGCUCAUAAAUCCAAACCACCAAAGAACAGCGUUGCUUUGAGAUCAGCUCAAGCCACCACAAAAGGGCUUUUCUUCAAUUUGAAUGGAAAAGGUGAAGAGAUUAGCAGCUGAAAAUGAAGUGCUGGUAAUAAGCAAGAGCUCUUGUUGCCUUUGUUAUGCAGUGGUUGUUCUUCUAAGGGACCUUGGAGUUUGCCCCAUGGUGUACGAGCUUGAUCAUGACCCUGAAGCAAGAGAUGUGGAGAAGGCUCUUGUAAGGUUGCACGUCUGCCAUGCACCGCCUGUUCCCGCCGUGUUCAUCGCCGGAGAACUCAUCGGAUCAACCAACGAAGUCAUGUCACUUCACCUUAGUGGCGAGCUCAAUCGAAUGUUGAAACCCUACAAGGUGGUUCAAGAGAACUAGCUGAAUUGUCUCUUGACAACGUUGUAGUUGUCGAAACUUAGCUGCUUUCUAUGUUAUGUGUAAUGUUUGGGUAAUGAAUAAAAGAAGUGUGUAUGUCAACAAGGUGUGUGUAAGUUGAUAUUGGCUUUAUGGA